AUGUUUAUGGAUACUGUUUUUUCAGGUCCCAAAGUCAAAUCCGUAACCUUUCAGAAGUAUAAUAUUCGAGACCUGAACCAGCAAGUUCUGGUCCUGGAAGGCGAGGUCCUCAGAGUGGUCCCAGACAAAAGCAUCAGAACCGGAGGUGACUCUCAGCCUUGCUUUACUCAGCAGAAGUGUCCAGAGACCUUUUAUGUAUCAACUUCACACUUAAGAAAAGCUACUACUGAGAAAAAACAUCAUAUGUUUUUGGAACAAAGUUGCCUGAUCUUUCCGGAAGCAGCCUGGCUACCUAAGAAAUUCUGCCUCGUAUUUCAGAAAAAGAACAUUAAAGAGCUGAAUUCACUGACGGACGAGGAACGUCUGCCCUUCACCUUCCUCAAGGAACAGGUGGGUUCCUAUUUCACUCUGGAGUCAGCUGUGAAUCACGGAUACUUUAUCUACACCUCCAACACACCCAGACAACCUGUGGGAGUGACCAAAGAUCUAGGGAAAGAAAAACAACAACUCAAUUUCAAUUUCAAAAGACUAAUGUGGAACUCAAUACAUUACAAGACUGAAUAUACAAACUGACAAUGGCCAGACCACCUCCGACGAUAGAAUGCAACCCUCAACUUCUAUAGCAAUUGGCCCAGAAGGGUCAGGACUUGGUCAAUGACGGCCAGCUUCUCUAUUUUUGUGCCCACUUUCAACUCAGGACCAAUCAGAAAAAGGCAACUAUGCUGCCCAAACCAAUCGCAUACGAUGCCCCUCUCCCGGCUUCCCCAUGGCAACAGCUUCAAUCAAAGCACACCUGGAGCCCUCCCUUUCUGCCUGCCCCGAAUCUCUGCCAAAAGCAACUGAUGGGGGCUGACUCCUUUGCUAUAGCCAGCUCUGAAUAAAUAGCAGCUGUUUCUUCUCAUUUGA